AUGUCUAAUUUGGCUAGAAAGAAAAUUAAGCGAAAAAAUGCACCAGGAAAUAGGUCUGACCUGGGAUGGGAACAUGGUGUUGAAGUAGGUUCAAGGCAAGUUCAAUGUAAUUAUUGCAAAGAAAUUCAUAGUGGGGGUAUAUAUAGGCUGAAGCAUCAUUUAGCUGGGACUAGGAAAAAUGUUUCAGCUUGUCCUAGUGUGCCAGAAAAGGUGAGGGAAAAAUUUGCGACUCUUUUGUAUGCCCAAUCUGAAGCAUCUAUAAAAAAGAAAAGGUGGUAUACUAUAGAAGAAGAGGAUGAUGGCAAUGAUGAUGAAUUAGUUGAAGUACAACAACUACAUUCAUCAAAAGGGAGGGGCAAACACAUAGGCUCCAUGGAUAAGUUUGUUACAAAAAAUAAGCAAGUAACAAUGAAUCGUGUGUUUAAAAAAGGAGAACGUGAUCUAGUGAUCCAACAAAUUGCUAGAUUCUUCUACACUAGUGCCAUCCCUUUUAAUUGUGUCAAAAAUCCGGAGUUUCUGCAAAUGAUUGAUAUGAUUUCAAGAUUUGGGAUUGGCCUCAAGCCUCCUUCCUAUCAUGAGAUUAGGGAGACAUGCUUGAAGAAAGAGGUAGAUUUUACACAACAAAUGCUUGAAGAAUAUAAGAUUGAAUGGAAAAAAACAGGUUGUUCAAUUAUGUCUGAUGGCUGGUCUGAUAAGAAAAGGAGAUCCAUUUGUAAUUUUUUGGUGAAUAGUCCCAAAGGAACCAUUUUCCUAUACUCUAUAGACACAUCUAACAUAUCUAAAACAGCUGAAAAAGUUUGUCAAAUGUUAGAUGAAGUUGUCGAUAGGGUUGGAGAGGAGAAUGUUGUGCAAUUGGUGACUGACAAUGCUGCUAACUACAAACUAGCUGGAGAGAUGUUGAUGCAGAAGAGAAAGUGCCUGUUUUGGACUCCAUGUGCUGCCCAUUGCUUGGAUUUGAUACUUGAGGAUUUUGAAAAAAAGAUUAAGGACCAUAAGUACACAAUUGCAAAGGGGAAGAAGAUUACAACGUUCAUAUAUUCUAGAGCUAUGCUUUUAAAUUGGUUGAGGGAUUUCACUAAAGGGAGGGAAUUGAUUAGACCUGCUGCCACUAGAUUUGCAACAUCAUAUUUGACAUUGUCAUGCCUUAAUGAGUUCAAAGGAGAAUUGAUGGCAAUGUUUUCUUCUGAACAAUGGAGGUGUAGUAAAUUUGCAAAAACAAAAGAAGGGAAAAGAAUUCAUGCCAUAGUUAUGGAUAACAAUGGCUUUUGGCGACUUGUUGUCAAAUGCUUGAAGGCCGCAAUACCCCUUUUAAAGGUGCUUCGCCUGGUUGAUUCUGAUACACCUCCAAUGGGAUUCAUUUAUCAAGAAAUGGAAAAAGCAAAAGAAGAAAUACAGAAAAAUUUCAAUAAUGUUCAAAAGAGUUACAAAGAGAUAUGGGAUAUUAUUGAUGAUCGAUGGGAAAUGCAACUUCAUAGGCCUUUGCAUGUUGCGGGAUACUAUUUGAACCCUUCUAUUCAUUAUGAUCCUUCUUUUGAUCCGGGUUCAGAUAUUAAAUUAGGACUAUAUACGUGUCUUCAACGAAUGGUUCCAGAAGUUAGUGAUAGGAAAAAGAUAGAUAUGCAACUUGAAAAAUUCAAACAAGCAAAGGGACUCUUUGGUAUUGAAGCUGCCAUACUAGCCAGAGAUACCAAACAGCCAGACUAA